CUAGCUAACUUAAAUCCAGGUUUUAACAUAAUUGUUGGCGGUGACUUCAACAUUGACGUGUUGAAGGCUGACCACAGGACAAGGGAUUUUGUUAACCUAUUGAGAUCUCUGGACCUCUAUGUGGCUAACUGGCAGCCCACUAGAUUCGAUGCUUGCCUCGAUAAUGUGAUUACAAAUCUGAACAUUGGCAAUAACAUUAGUUGUUCAAUUGUAAAUCCUCUCCUCAGUGACCACCUGGCACUCGGCUGCAAUGUGGAAUUGCCAACUUCCACCUACCCUGCCUCUAUACCUGCAGGGCGUGAUCGACUCACUUGGGUGCGACCCAUCACACAGGGUGGACGCGAGCGUUUUCUGCAUUAUCUGACUCUGAUUGACUGGAGCUUUCUGAAGGAUCAUCCUGAUGCACAGCCCAAUUUCACGGCGUUUUUUGAUAGACUCCUGACUGGCUUCAACAACUGCUUUCCACUAAAACGUUUCCUCUCUGGAAGGCCUGGUAAACGUGGUGCACUGUGGAUUACGGACGACCUUCUUGACUUGAGAGACCUGGUUCUUAUGGCGUAUGAGCGGUUUCGGGCUGAUCGACUCCUGUCCUCUAAACGGACCUACAUGGGACUGAGGAGAUCAUACCAGCGGGCUGCUCGUGCGGCCAGGAUGCGCUACAACUCUGAGCUGAUUGACCGGGCACCCAAUAGGUGUAAAGCUGCCUGGGGUAUCAUCAGGGCCGCUGCGGGUGUACCAGCUCCUGGUGCUGUUCCGGUAUCUGCGGAUGAUCUUCACGACGCGUGGACCAGCUCUAUUCGCGGUAUCUGCGAGGGGAUCCGAGCUUCCCCUGUGGUGGCGGCGGAUCUGCUCUCGGCUUCGGUUCGGCCCCCCGCUCUUCGGCUGUUGACCUGGCGCCGUAUUACUUGUGAUGAUGUCACUCGAGUUGUGAACUGUUUGAGCAACUCGAGCGUGAUUUUAUAUGGCCUCCCCCUCUGGGGUGGAGCCACAGAUGUCGCCCGAGUCCUUCGUCUCCAGAAGAGGGCCCUGAGGAUUAUUUGUGGGGCUGGUAGAUUAGCCCACUGUCGCCCACUCUUUAUCAAAGAGAGGAUCCUCACCGUCUUCUCCCUCUAUGUUCUCCAUACCCUUUGCAGAACACAUGCGAACGUGGGGUUGCUCGUGACCCGACAGAGCUUCCACCCAUAUGAGACUAGGGGUAGACUCAGGCUGGAUUUACCCUACCAGAGGCUGAGCAGAACUCGGACUGGUCUGGCUCAUAUGUCUAUCAGCCUCUAUAAUAGGCUGCCUCUGUUGGCCAGGGAUCUGCCUGCGGUGCGGUUUCGAGGGGAUCUGAGGAGCCUGCUGACGGAUCACCCUCUGCACUCACUCCGUGAGUUCUGUAUGUUGGAGAGCAGUGUG